UGUUCUACGUGAUUAAAGGGAGAGAGAAGAGAGAGAGAGAGGGAGAAAGAUAGAUAGAUAGAGAGAGAGAGAGAGUGAGAGUGAGAGGCACACCGCCACCGGUGGUUCCGAGUUGUCCGCGCGGCCGUCACGAGGAAGAGAAGCUGCUGCCGCUGCCGCCGUGACGCAUGCGACGUGCCGUCUAUCGGCGAGGCCUCCGUGGCUGAGAGAGGAAAACAUCUGCGCGACCGGUGAGGGGCUUUUCACUCGCGCGCCUCGUCGCUCUGACGUUGCCACCGGACACACGGAGGGAGAGCGCGUGGUGGUCCUCGCUCUGCCGCGCUCCGCUGUGGACCGCCUCGCGACCGGGUAAAAAAAGCUCGCGCGUGCCGAGGAACGUUGUUACGGGCCGCUGAUCCGCUGAUUCACCGGGCCAUCGUGCUCGCGUCGUCCGGGCUGUCGCGGACGAUGCUCGGGAGCCGUGCGAGUACAAUUACCGCGGGGAUCGCGACGGUGCCGUUCGACGGACGCUGAGACACGAGUCCCUGGGAACUGUUGCCGUUCGACGACAUCGAUUCGGUUCAGUGUCUGUUGGUUGGAAACUCGGGAGAGACCUCGAACCGCUGGUUACGCUUUCGGAGCUCGCUCUCUCUCCCUCCGUUCCGCGACGAUGUCGGAGACGAACGUCGGGGGAAACGCGCGUUAGCCGGAGCACGAGGAUCCUGGACCAGUCGACAACGCCGAGACCGCGUCGAUUCCACGGGCAACGGGGAGAAGCAUGUUCCGCGACGCGUGCGAGAGCCGUGCGUUCGCCGUCUGAAGGGAUACGGAAGGUUCUGCGACCCAGCGUGCUCGAGGAUGUAGCGCAGCGAUCGUCCCGAUGAUUCUCGAGGGCAACGAGGCAGCAGACGCGGAUCGCGGUUCUUAGUCACGGAGCGGAGUGGUCGAACAGGUGGAAGAUCUCUGCGAGAGAGGUCCACGGAUACCCUAGCGAAACGGACAGCGGGAGGGACGACGGUCGAGCGAGCACCGUGAGUGCCGUAUCGAUGAUGUUGGAGGGCAGGCUGCCAGGAGGCGAUCGGUUGCCGCGGUGUUCGCGUUCCUGCGCCGGUUGCUCGGGUGUACGCCGCCGCUCGUAAUAGUCGCGGAGAAUCUAGUGCUGCUGCUGAACGCCGGAGGAAUGGUGUGCUACGAUGACGGACUUGGUGGUCGUGCACGGUCGUAGGGUCGCGGUCCCUUUGCCGGCGUGGUGGCCGCGGACGUCGACGCGUUGCUGGUGGGAACGUCGCCGUUCGACGAUCAGCUAAUAGAGACCCGGGUCGGAUGGCGAGCGGGCCCGCGUUCGCUCGGCCUCGCUAAAGACGCUGUUCAGGACUAUUCGGCUCGCAGUGGUCUCUCCCAGGAGACGAAAGCUCGCGGAUCAAGGCGUCGCUGGCCAGCGACAGCUGCCCCGGGCAAGCGGAAGACAGAGCUACAGAGGAUUCGAGGGUCGAGCCUGAUCAGGUCGCUCCGAGCGGGGGAUGAACGGAGCGCCCUAUGGGAUAACGGCACAAAGAUACUCGGACAGGUGUAAACGUUACCGAAUUCUGGGGAUCUAAGCGUCCUAGCGCGAGGAUACUCUUGCUCCCCGGGGACAAGGUCCUUCGGCUCGCCCGAGCUGACGCAUAGCCGCGCGUAUAGCGUACACAGAACGGAAAGAGAAGUCUUCUCGAGGUAUCCGGUGUGUCAAAGGGAGCCUGUCUCGCCGGGUAACACGGGUGCAAGGAGAGAGCCCGGUGCUGUCGAGGCGGUGGGAAAGGUGGUGGAAGAUUCGGCGAUCGCAGCGGAGUUAUACCACCGUCGAGCAUGGCCUCGGUGGCAGCGUGGCUGCCGUUCGCGCGCGCCGCAGCGAUCGGCUGGGUGCCGAUCGCCACGCAUCCGCUGCCGCCGCCGCCGAUCCCGAAGGAUCGCCGCAAGGCCGACGACGAGAAGCUGCUGAUCAACGUGAGCGGUCGCCGCUUCGAGACAUGGCGGAACACCCUCGAGAAGUAUCCGGACACUCUUCUCGGCUCGAACGAGCGCGAGUUCUUCUACGACGAGGAGAGCAAGGAGUACUUCUUCGACCGUGAUCCAGACAUCUUUCGUCACAUACUGAAUUAUUAUCGGACCGGCAAGCUCCACUAUCCGAAGCACGAGUGCCUGACGAGCUACGACGAGGAGCUCGCGUUCUUCGGCAUCCUGCCGGACGUGAUCGGCGACUGCUGCUACGAGGACUACCGGGACAGGAAGCGCGAGAACGCCGAGAGGCUGAUGGACGACAAGCUCAGCGAGAACGGCGACCAGAAUCUCCAACAGCUGCCGGACAUCAGGCAGAAGAUGUGGAGGGCCUUCCAGAAUCCGCACAUCUCGACGGCUGCGCUGGUCUUCUACUAUGUGACCGGGUUCUUCAUCGCCGUGAGCGUGCUGGCGAACGUGGUCGAGACCGUGCCGUGCGGUAAUCGUCCGGGACGCGCCGGCACGCUUUCAUGCGGCGAACGCUACAAGAUCGUGUUCUUCUGUCUGGACACCGCGUGCGUGAUGAUAUUCACCGCGGAGUACCUGCUCAGGCUGUUCGCGGCGCCGAGCCGCUGCAAGUUCGCGAGGUCCGUCAUGUCCAUCAUCGACGUGGUCGCCAUACUGCCGUACUACAUCGGCCUCGGUAUCACCGACAACGACGACGUAUCCGGGGCGUUCGUCACGUUGCGCGUCUUCCGCGUGUUCCGGAUCUUCAAGUUCUCCAGGCACUCGCAGGGUCUGCGGAUCCUCGGCUACACGCUCAAGUCGUGCGCGUCCGAGCUCGGCUUCCUCGUAUUCUCCCUGGCCAUGGCCAUCAUCAUAUUCGCCACCGUCAUGUUCUACGCGGAGAAGAACGUCGACGGGACGAACUUCACGUCGAUACCCGCUGCUUUCUGGUACACCAUCGUGACUAUGACCACUUUGGGGUACGGUGACAUGGUUCCGAAAACGAUCGCGGGAAAAAUCGUGGGGGGUGUAUGCUCCCUGAGCGGUGUCCUUGUGAUCGCUUUACCGGUGCCUGUUAUCGUCAGUAAUUUCAGUCGCAUAUAUCACCAGAAUCAGCGGGCCGACAAGCGGAAGGCGCAGAGGAAAGCCAGAUUAGCGCGCAUCAGGAUUGCCAAAGCGUCGAGUGGAGCGGCGUUCGUCAGCAAAAAGAAGGCGGCCGAAGCCCGCCUGGCCGCGCAGGAGAGCGGCCUCCAGCUGGACGACUCUUACAAGGAGGAGGAUAUUUUCGAAUUGCAGCAUCAUCAUCUGCUUCGUUGUUUAGAGAAGACCACGGAUCGCGAGUUCGUGGAGAUGGAGGUGCCCUACAACGGUGCCCCGAAGAGGCCGGGCUCGCCGUCGCCCCUGACCUCCCCCGCGCACAGCACUGCCUCGAGGGGCGGCCUGCUGCACGCCUGCUGCGGCCGCUGCUACCCCCAACGUUACCAGCCGAAGGAACAUCCGGACCCCGUACUGGAGCAUCCGCUUCAGAUCAGCCAGGCAAGAGAAAAUUGAAUCUUAAGUGUCCGUCUGAUACGCUCCGUCAGUUCACUUUGCCGUGCAGGCCCAGUAACGAGCACCAACUUCUUCGAACACACCUGUACCCGUCGUGUACCAAAACCCUUCUGCCACGAAGCCGGGUUCCACGAACCCUGAAGUUCGGUUUUGUGUCCCCCUUCGGAUUAGAGCGGCUGAAUCAGUGUUGUAAAAAGUUAGAGUCCUUGAGCUUCGAGACUACGUCUUAGAGACUGAGUCUUUGAAAGCUUAGAGUUCUGUGAAGCUUGAGUCUUUGGAGCUUCGAAGUUUAAACUUGGAAGCUGAGUCUUUGAAGGUUUAGAACUUUAUGAAGCUUGAGUUUUCGAAGCUUCAAGACCUGAAUUUGAA